UUGCAAAAGCUUUUGACAUGUUUUCUUUCUACGAUUCUCUAGAGUCACAUGAUAAGGAUUCCAAUGAACUCAGAACCUUUUUGACAGUCAUAUGAGAAUAAUGGCUCUCUGCUACCACCAUUAGUUUCUCCAAAUGCCUGUGCAAGUAGGAUCAACACCUGAAAUGAAUGACUUCGGUCAGGCAGUGUGCUUGAGACAAACAGACAUAAAAUUGUCAGUUAGCUUGCAAACCGUGAGUGGUUCACCGUGUAGUAUCAGGUCUUGCGAAUUUGUUGUUUUUAACUCAUAUCAAAUUUGUGUGACUGGCUGCAGUGAAGCUUGUCUUAAUGCUUCAAGUUAUCUGCAUAUGUUAUCUAUGAUAUGCAGUGGACCUGGAAUGGCGCUUACAUAUUUCCUGUAUGAUUUUUUGUUUGAGUAUUCUCUGUUGAUAUUACUUUCAUGUGAAUCUGCAGUAACUCACACAUAUCAAAAAUGAGUUUUUACAUUACAUGAUACUUCAAAAUCUUGAGCAGAUACUACUGUUUUGAAGGUCAAGUUGUUUAUAAUUGUAUUUGUCUUAAAUUUUUUGAAUGGAAUUUUUUAUCUUUUGUUUUAUUACAAAUCUGAACCUUACCAAGAGCGGUUUAGCCGAUCACAAGGCUCAAUUCCUGCCAGCAACCGAGAACAAACAAGACUUGAGACAAAGAGAAUAUGAAAAUAAUUGCUAAUCUAAAAGGCACACAAAUAAUAGGGUGAGGUUCUGUAACACGCGUUGUAGUAUGUAUGCGCACGGAGCUAAACUAAUCUAAAUAAAACCUAAAUUGACACGAGGAGAUCCCACCAAUAUUUCAUAAUACCUCAUUCAGAUUGAGGCAGUUUUAGGUUUCAUACCAAGCCUAACACAGUUUCAUCUGCCUAUCCUUGAUAACCAUGCCAGCUUUUCCUUUUACAGGUUUGCAGCAGUAAAUUUUUCACCGUGCGAGUGAAAGAAUAGUAGAAAAACUAUUUCGCAGGAAGUCAACGGAGCUCAGAGAAACAUCUACAGCCUUACAGGUUAUGCUCAACUAUACUCUCAACAUCUCUGUUUUUUUUUUUUUGAGAAAACCCUCAAUUUCUCAUGGACACAAACCGUACAGCCAAGGGGCUAGACUGUUCAUGGAUGGGCCGGAAUUUUAGUCCAAUUCCACGGCUCUUACACGUGUAUGGUCCGUAGCUUUCAAGGUGACUACCUGAUGCUAUCGAUCGAGGAUACUUGAUGAACAGCAAGACUAAAGGCCAAAACCAUAAAUAACAAAGAAUAAUACCUAGAUGACCUUUCUGCGAACUAUACAUGCUCUCGGCCUCAGUGGGUUGUCAAUGAAUGACUGAAUGAUUCUGCCACUCUUAGGGGUUUGCAUUUUAUAAAAUGCAGGAUAAUUGCUUAUUUGCUCAGUGGAAGAUUUCGUCACGCCAAAAUAUGUUUAUCAAAGGAAGCUGCACCAGUCAACCUGUAAUUGAUUAAAAUAUCUUCAACAGGCUGCUCCAUUUAGUUUCCGCUUAAAGACUCAGGAUAACUGGGCUACCAUUUUUAUUUUUUUGGGGGAACUUUUACAUUUUAUUGAGCAAGAUAUUAUUGGUCUUGACCUUAUCCCUCACAACAAGUGAGGAACAUGUGCUACAGAGAGUUUUGAUAUCAUUGCAUUCAUCAUGCUUAGGUGUGGUAAGCUGAAAUACUGAGUUGCCAUGUACUCUUUUUUUUUUUUACCAGAUCCCUGUCUCUUCAACUGCAUGACCAUACUCUCCAAAUUGGUCUUUUAUCCGGAUAUUGCCCCUUUUUAUCACUUCAAUUCUCAAAAAAGUGUGUUCAUGGCCAUGUAUGCAGAUGUUGCAUCUAAAAUGCUUGCUCUCAUCAUAUAUCAGUGAAUAGUUUGUCUUCAUGCUAAUACCAGAUCAUGGUUCAUAUUGUUCUGUAAUGGGGGAUAUAUUACUGUGUAAAAGAAGUUCACUGUUCAGAAAGUAUAUUUGUUUAAGUACAAGCUCAGGUCAAUUAUUGCCCAUUUGUCUCAUGGAUCGCUUGGCUAUUUCUUUCGGUAUGGUCAUUCGUAUCCACAGAGUUCUCGACAGCUGACACCUUCUAUCAGCACUGAUUCUUGACUUAUAUGUGUUUUACAAGUCAUAGAAUAUAUUGACGUAUACUUCUUUUUUUUUUCCAAACGGCCAAACAGAUUAAUUGGCAUUAUAUUAAUAGAAGGGGUUUAAGUACACAGCCAAAGGCUGAAAGAAAAGGAAAAACUGUAUACUUUUGUUUCAUCUUUGAAUUAUGAGCACAUUUUUAUGCAUAUGCCACCACACUCUGCUUGUUAUGUACCAUACACUGUCAGUUCAAUCUCACUUUUGCUGUCCGAAAUUCUGAUGUGAAGAACAACUUUGAUCCUAUGAUGGACCAGAAGAAUAUAGUCUUUGCUCAGUGCAUAGAAAAAGCUUCAAAGAAAUGGUCCUCCAGUACAAAAUAACUAGCUCAAUCUUAAAAUCCUUGGUCAUGCUCAUGCACUCAUGCUUUAUUGUACUGGUCCUGCCAAGUAUGCAGGCAUUUUUGUUGUAACCUGGUUUACUCAUUUCUGGUUUCUGCCCAACUUGAUGCUGGACAAUGGCAGAAGCUGAUGAUGCCUGGAUAGAAAUUCUCUUGAGGCUGCUGGGAACUACUCUUGGAUUUAUUCAGCUCCUACAACCAUCAAUAAUGUACUCUAUUUCUAGACCUGGAAUGAUAUUAUUUUACUGUGAAAUGGAAAAUGACAGAACCCAUUUAUAGCUGCUCCCCUUGCUACACAUUUAGAGAUCAAAUCUUCGCUCUCACUUCAUCUUCAAGUCUUUCGUAUUGGCUGCUGCAAUUCAGACGCAGGACUUCUGGUCAGUUGUCGAUGCUAUAACUGGAUUGGUUUUCGCCUUUAAGCUGGAGCGUGGCACUGGCAGCUGCGGUGGUUUCAGAAGUUGCAUGGACCACUUGAGACGGUUUUUGUUGGAAGCUUCAGAGAUGGCGAGCAUCCAACCCUCGCGUGGCUGUACGUGCUCAGGGGCACUGUAGGGAUCGAUAACAAAUCUGCUACUAUUCAGGAUUACUUUCUCUGAGCUGCCAUGCAUCCGUGGGAAUUUUUGGGAUAAACUAAGCAGAAAGGAUGGGGCUUUGCACGACUUUUGACGGAGAUAACCCCGGUCGUGAUCUCUUGGUUCCAGGAUUAUGAUGCUAAUUGUUAAUUAUUGGCUGUGGCUUCAGAGUUCAGACGGAUUGGCCAGUUCUGGCAAGAAUGCUUACAUUCUCUCCUGCCAUCUGAGCAAAUGAUCAUUGGAAAUCGACUUCACGUGAUUGGCAUACAGAACUAUGUUCUUGAACACAUCAAAAGCAACCAAGGAAAAUAAAAGGAGUAGCUAGAUGGGGGAAAUAGAAGAUGGUAUUGCUUGUUGGACUGAAGGUGCAGGGUGCAGACACCCAAUGGAAAAUCUAGGAGGUAGAAGUGGGAACCAAUGUGCAAUCUCUUGCAUCCAGAUUCCAGCAUCGCCUUCGAAAGGCAUGCUUGGCGUGCCCAAGUACACACACGACAAGAGUCCCCUCCUCCCAACAUCUCUGAAACUGUCAGCUACUCAGCUCCACUCCUAGUAGCCCUCCUGGUGAACUGCACUUGCCAAUUGUCAUAUCUGAUGAACUGUGCAUUGAGAAAGGUGUGCAUUCCAGCUCAGAUUACAUACAUUCUCUUCGCCGUACAAGAGCACAAAAUCUAGCAGCAGCCGAAGAGGCAACGACCAGUCCACCACAUUGGAAUCGAACACUCCUAGAGCCACUGGUCUCCUCCUCUCCGAUUUGGAGUACCAAAGCUUGUCAAAAGAAAGGAACAAGAGCAGGGAAAAAAAGAGCAUGAAAGGGACAAAGAAAAACAAACAAAUUAGGGGCCGUAGCAUAUCGGCACCCAGCCCAAAAACGCAAGAAAAACGUCUUGGAAGCUUCUUUAUCUGCUGCCUGAGUGGCCAAUGGGAGUGAAGGAUCAAAGGAACAACAACAGGUCAGUAGUAGUAGUAGUACACUGUUGCAAAGGUGUGCCAACAUAAUAUAGUACACUCCUAUAUAAAUGAAGCUGGACUCAAGUUCAGAUGCCAGUAAACUGAUAAUAUCCUGAAAUUUUGAGUUCUGUUUAUACACACAUCCUCUAAAACUUCAAGUUUUUUUUUUAAAAAAAAUCUAGUACUUUGCAGUAGGAGCUAUACAUUGCACGGAAUACCAUGUGUUGAGUAGUAGUAGCCCUUCACAAAUUCACAUGCAUAAAUACCGCAGUGCUUCUUCCUCCCAAGGGUACUGUGUCUGCCUGUCUGUGUUGUUUGCCCUUCUUCCAUUUGCGCUCCUUCUCUUGGUUUUGCAAGAGCAACGAAAAGCAGAGACUGACCAUCCUAAGAUUCCUCUACACUUUAUUCUCUCCCAUCCUCACACGUAUUUCAUUUCACCUCCAUAGACUGAAGUUUUUGAAGGAGAGAGACCUCCCUCUCAGUCUUUCACUCGUGCUGCUGGCUCAGCUCAGCUCAGCUCAGGGCCUCUUCCUCCAAGAAGCUGAAGGCUAGUAGUAGCAUCACAUUUGUUCUCCUCCCUUUGCUUCAGAAGCCAGCUAGAACAUUAGUGUUACCAGCCUCUUUCCUCCAAAGAGAAUCCAGAUUUUGUUCUCAUUCUCAAUCCUCCUCAUCUUCUUUCUCUCUCUGUGUGUGUCUCUCUUCAUCCUCUUUCCAUCAAAUCACAAUCUUUGUUUAUAGAGAAACAAACAGUGGCCAGCCUCAUUGUCUUCUACCUCUUCUUGGCCCCUACCUGCCAUCAAACUGCCCAUUUCGCUGCAACCAACAGUUUGUUUGGCUGCAUGAGUGUUCCCCUGAGAAACAAUGAGAGAUGGCAGCAACACUACCAAGAAGAGCAAGCUGUCAUGGUCCAAGAGCUUAGUGAGGAAGUGGUUCAACAUCAGGAGCAAAGCCCAUGAUUUCCAUGCUGAUGAUGUAGCUGCAAUUGGGAGGAGAGGAGGUGAUGAUGAAUGGAGGGGAAGCAGCUUCACCCGGAGGGAACCAAGCACAGUCAAGAAGAGCAAAACAGAGAGGUCGUCGAGGAGGAGCCAUGAGCGGUCGAGGCGCGGCAAGAUCGACCUCGACGCCGCUGAGGCCACCGUAACAUUAGACUAUAAUAGGAUCUUUGUUGCCACAUGGAAUGUAGGUGGCCGAUCACCCCCAAACACCAUGAGCCUCGAGGACUGGCUCCAUGCUGCACCUCCUGCUGACAUCUACGUCCUUGGGUUUCAAGAGAUCGUCCCAUUGAAUGCUGGGAACGUUCUUGGGACAGAGGACAAUGGCCCGGCAAGGAGGUGGGUGUCACUGGUCAGAAGAACUCUGAACAACUUGCCGGGUACUAGUGGCAAUGGUAGCUUUCGGACGCCAUCUCCGGCGCCUGAUCCUGUGGUGGAGAUGGAUGAUGACUUUGAGGGAUUGUCAUCGAGGCAGAACAAUGCGUCCUUCUUCCACCGCCGGUCAUUCCAGGCCGGACUUAGCCGGAGCUUGAGGAUGGAGGGUGACAUUCUUGCACCCCAGCCUAGGCUGGAACGGCGGUACAGCGUCUGCGAUCGAGCUAUCUAUGGCCGUCGGCCUAGCGACUACGAGGCCACCUGCCGGUGGGGUGGCUCAUCGGACGAUGAGAACAACACUGGUGAAUCGCCAAGUACAGUUUAUUCACCAAUGUCGUAUGGAUACGGUAAUCCGUCAUCUCUGGAAGAAAGCCAUAGACCGGCUGGUCAUACUAGAUAUUGCCUAGUUGCAAGCAAGCAAAUGGUAGGAUUGUUUCUGAUGAUUUGGGCCCGGAAAGACAUAAGGGAUGACAUUAGAAAUCUGAAGGUUUCUUGUGUUGGGAGAGGAUUGAUGGGCUACCUUGGAAAUAAGGGUUCGAUUUCGAUUAGCAUGUCAUUGCACCAAACAAGCUUCUGCUUCGUCUGCAGCCACCUGACAUCAGGACAGAAGGAUGGUGAUGAGAUGAGGAGGAAUUCAGAUGUAUUGGAAAUCCUUAGAAAGACCAGGUUUCCAAUGGUUUAUGGACAGUAUGAGCGUUCACCAGAAACUAUCUUAGAGCAUGAACGAAUCAUCUGGCUUGGGGACCUAAAUUACAGAAUCGCGCUUUCCUACCGAUCGGUGAAGGCCCUCGUGGAGAUGCGCAAUUGGAAAGCAUUGCUGGAGAAAGAUCAGUUAAGGAUUGAGCAAAGAGGUGGGCGAGUAUUCGUUGGGUGGAACGAGGGGAAAAUAUACUUCCCGCCAACAUACAAAUACUCGAAUAAUUCCGACAAGUACGCUGGGGAUGACAUGAACCAGAAGGAAAAGAAGAGAACGCCUGCAUGGUGUGAUCGUAUUUUAUGGUAUGGAAGGGGCCUUAGUCAACUGUCAUAUGUUCGAGGUGAAUCUCGCUUUUCAGAUCAUAGACCGGUCUACAGUGUCUUCAGUGCAGAAGUAGAAUCAAUCAAUCAUAGUAGAAUCCAGAAGAUGAGUUGUUCAAGUUCACAACUGGACAUUGAGGAAUUGCUGCCCUACUCAUAUGGAUAUACUGAUAUUAAUCCAUAUGGAUACACUGACCUGAAUUUCUACUGAAAGUAUUUGAGAACUUUGAUUGGCAUCCUCUGAAUGUUUACUCCUGCAGCUAUUGAUGAAGUGGCUGCAUUGUUGAUGGAGAUCAGAGGACCAAGUGAACAGGUUCACAUUGAAUGUAGCAAAAUCCCAGAACAGCACAUUGCACAUCUUCAGAAGUUCACCAAGCAUUUGAAUAGUUCGCAAGAUCGAUUCAUUGUGACAAAGCCAAGGUAUGGACCAUGUUUCACUGAACCCUGAACAAAGUUAAAUAGAUGCUGCAACUAGUGGGGAUGGUGUGACUCAAAUUAUGAAACUGACUCCAAAGAGAAUAAGGAACCGAGAUGACCACUUACACAGCAAAAGGAGAGGAACAACGGCAGAUAGGACGAUCACUCAAUCAUAAGUACAGCAGACUUUGGCCACCAACAGCAAAGAUACUACUGAGUACUGACAACAACGGCAAGCGUCCACCAGAAUUUUCAUCUGUACAUUGUAGUGCAGUUAUUUUUUCUUCUCUUUUUUCUCCUUUUUAUUCCCUGGUUUUGGACUGUAACGAACAAGUAGAAACCAUUUGCAGUUUUGCACAGUGCAUUGCACUUCUUUGUGUGGGUAUUUUAAAGCUGUAAGAAAGGGCUAUGAAUGCCUGCAUUGUCCAUAUCAUUUCCAUGGAUGGAAAAAGGAUGUAUAGGCUAUCAUUGUCAUGUUUUUGUUUUCA